AUGAUCCAACGAUUGUUUUUCGGCCUCUUCUCGUUGCUGCUCGUCAAAGAAACAAUGUGUGUUCGUAAGUUUUUCCUCGUUUUUUUUUUCAGCGAAGAAAAGAAAUUCGGGGGGCCUUGUUUUUAAACAAAAAAUCAAUGCGAAACGGGAAAUGGACACCUUGUUAUUGUAGUUUUGUGUGCCGAACAUUGCCAACACACUAUAAAAUGCAUGCUCUUUUUCUUUAUAUUAUUCUCUUCUUCUACUAAUUAGUGCGGCUUCCGGGGGAGGGGAGGCUCAAAUUUUCGAGCAGAUAUACGAGAAAUUUGGCUUUUGCUCUUCACCUUGCAACUUGUGAACAAGUUGGUUCAUGUUUUCUUGAAGCAAUUAGAGUAGAGCACUUUUUGAAACUGACAAUACUCGUUUUUUAUAGAUUUUCAAGAUCUUCUAUUAUAGUUUUGUGCUUUAUAGACUCAGUUUGUCUCAAAAAAAGGACGAAGCACACACACACACACUGACAAAAUUUCCAUAAUCUCGUCAUGUUUUCAAUGUGUUUUCACCAUUCUUCCGUUCACCAAACAUCCGCACAGAAAGGGGGAAUGUAGACAGGAAGAUGACGAAUGUGGUCAAAUUGAAUUCGGGAGGGAAAAUGAGGGGCUUUCAGAGCUCCUCGAGCCACCGCCCCGCCCACUUUCUCAGUUGGUAGAUGGAGAUGAGUUUGUUCUUUUUCGAAACGGGACGAUUGAGACUUGAUUGAAAAAUCCUCAACUCAACUACUACUGGACUAGUGUCAAUUUACCUUUUUUCGAUUACUCCUUGCAAAAAAUUGGGAAAAAGCUUGCUUCUUUUUGCUCUUUUUGUCUCUCUCUCAAGUGAGUGUACUAGGACAACUCGUUUGCUAAUGUUACAAUAUUCCAAUCAUCUUGAGACCAAGUUUCAGGCCGAUUGGAUCAUCUGGGCCCGAGAUUUUCGGCCCUAAAGCACAAUCUCUAAGCCAAAUGAUCCAAUCGGUCUGAAACUUUCAAGACGCUUCUAAAUUUCCAAUCUUUCACCUUUCCCUCAACUUCCCACUUCAUUAUUAAUUAGCUUCUCAGAGUGGAUGAGUAAUUCAAAUGUAUUCCCAAUAAAUGGCGUCAAUCUUUCUCCCACGCCCAUUCAAAAAGUUCCACUUCCCCGGAAAAACCUUUAGAAGGCGUUUUCUGAGAAAAAAAGAAAAAAAAACAAUGCUCGGGUUGUUUUUUGAUUUUUCCAGUGUUCCUGAGAUGUUUGCUUUUUGAGCAGCGCUCUCGAUUUCAAACUCAAACCCAAUUAUCGCUGAUUCUAGAAAGUUUGAAGUGAAGUGCUUCACAUCCCCUCGUGCUCUGCCUCUUCCCCGCGUAGACAAUCACAAAUCCAGAGCACACUAACUAUUCUUGCAAAUCGUCCAACCAGAAAGCUCUGGCUUGUGCUCAUUUAUGAUGAAUCAUCUCUGAUUCCUUGAGCCUCUUUUCCCGCUUCCUUCUCAGAAUUCGCUUCUUGAGAAUGUAGUCGUCGGCCACGGUCUCCAGAGCUGACAAUAUGGGCGUGGUGGCCUCGGCGGCCAAGCAGGUUUUCUCUGAUUUUUGUGUGGUCAACGGCGAUGAAAAAUGCAUGUUCGACAUGAAAACACACUAAUUCUCACAGAAUUAUGGACAUUUUUCGCGGAUUUCGCUUUUUCGCCUUCGCCGCACUUCUCAUUUUGCGCUUUCUUGACCGUUUUCCGACAGAAUUGGUUUUGAGAAUGAUAAAUCACGUAAAUACAAGCAUUUUGAGCGCUCGAACCGCGAAAAUUACCGAAAAGCAACUGAAAUUCACGCAGUUUUAGCGAAAAACCUUCAAACUUGACCAAAUUUGACGCUCUUGCGCUUAAAAAAUUCGUAAUAGCCUAUACAAUCGGUCUAUCGAGAGACAAAUGAGAAAUUAUCGAUUUUUCGUGGCCAAUCUGGCAAAAAACACAAAUUUUGCUGUUAAAAUUUGAAUUUCAGCUCUGAAGACCGUGGAUCAGUCUAGAAAUGCAUUGUUUGUCUUUACAACUUUUCAGUUACGCUUGGACAAAGUGCGAUGCGAAACUUUCUAGAAAUCACUAGAAACCGCGUGGCUACACAAAACGCUUUCGACCCAUAUCUCCUUCAGAAAGCCUUUCAAUACAACUCCCUUUUCACACAAACACAUUGUUCCCCCUCACUUUUUUUUUCGCCCAUUCCUUUGUUGGCCGCCGUUAAUUGCGUUUUCGGUGCGGAACUCGCCGGCGAACCUCAUUUUCAGCUUAUGGAUGACGGGGGGAGGGAAAAACAAGUUUCCAUUAGCUUCCAGUCCUCUUCCUUUAUCUCUUUAACUCGAUUGUAUUGUAUUCUAGGAACAAACAGUGGACGCGAAGGGAAUUCUCCUUUGAGAAUGGGUAAGAGAAGUGUGACAAAACAAAAAACAUUUGGCAAAGUCUCGAAACCGAUAUUAUAUGCUUGCAGACAACGAAACGUCGGCGAUCCUGAACGACAUCUUCAUCGGAUACGAUCGACGGGUUCUUCCGUUCGUUCAGGGACCGGUCCUGGUCAAUAUGACUAUUGUCCUCGGAAUAUUGAUCGAAUUGGUAAGAAACGUGUUCUGGGGGCCCUUUCUAGAAUUCAUUUUUAGAAAGAGAACCAGCAGCUGGCGGCCUACGUGAUCUCGCAUACUCAAAGAUGGUACGAUGGACGGUUGAGCUGGGAUCCGGACAAAUAUCGCGGACAACGGGAAGUUAUUGUGCCGCAGAACAUGGUCUGGAUACCCAAAUUGUUUGUCUACAAUAGGUUAGUUUGAAGACGACGAUAAUAACACAACUAUUCGGGUUUCACUGAACCUAUAUCCAUCACAUGAAACGUUUUUUAAUCAAUAAGAAAGUGUUCAUUUUAAUAAUAAUAAUUUCAAAGCAUUUCAGUUUGGAAUCAAAGGACAUGUUGACUGAAAAUCGAGCGGACGUACGAUUGUAUCACACUGGACGCAUCAAGGUUCGUCUUUUUUUGGCAAAAAAAUAAAGUGAAAUGUUCAGAUCAACAUUCCGCAGUACGUACAAGCAAUCUGUCGCAUCCAGACCCAAGCGUUCCCAUUCGAUUGUCAAUUUUGUGCCGUCGCGUUGGCCUCGCCACUUCUCAACGUCAAUGAGAUGGUGGUGAAUGCGACGCAACCGCCCAGCGAUUCGUAUUUUACCGUUAGUUAUAAAAAAAAUAUAUUUUCGAGAUCACGAGCAAACUAUUAUUAUUAUCCAAAUUUUGAAACGUUAGUCGUUUGCAGGGAAACGCCGAAUGGUUUCUGUUCAAUGUGACCGUUCGUCACAUGACUUUUGAGGAGGAAGGAGAGUCACGGGUUGAGGUGAGCAAACGAAAUAGUUUUUACACGAGGGAAUCGAUGAUAGCACACUUUUUUGGGAUUUAAUGAAACUGCAGCUUUUGUAGAUAUCACGGUCUCCAGCCAGAGCUGACAAUGGGCGCAAGUGCGCCCCGCCCAAUAGAGCGAUAAUUCAAAUUUUAACAGCAAAAUUUGUGUUUUUUGUCAGAUUAGCCACGAAAAACCGAUAAUUUCUGAUUUUUCUCUCGAUAGACCGAUUGUAUAGGCUAUUACGAAUUUUUUAAGCGCUAGAGCGUUAAAUUUGGUCAAGUUUGAAGGUUUUUGGCUAAAACUGCGUGAAUUUCAGUUGCUUUUCGGUAAUUUUCGUGGUUCGAGCGCUCAAAAUGCUUGUAUUUACGUGAUUUAUCAUUCUCAAAACCAAUUCUGUCUGAAAACGGUCAAGAAAGCACAAAACGAGAAGUGCGGUUUUUAGGAAAACAAAUUUUUUUUUCGAAAAAGCAAAGUCCGCGAAAAAUGCGCCAAAACGUCAUUAAUUCUGUGAGAAUUAGUGUGUUUUCAUGUCGAAAAAUCAUUUUUCAUCGCCGUUGACCACAAAAAUCAGAGAAAACCUGCUCAAUUCAUGAAAACGCCAUUUUGCCGAGGGCACGACCGUGAUAUAGAAGUAACUACCGUCAAAAGCAACACUUUUGUACAAGUUGGAAGCAGCUUCUAGCGCUUACUCUCAACUUGUACACAAAUGUUGAUUCUGAAGGAGGAGUUGUCCUAUAAAACUGUGAAACUAUUCGCUUUCCAUUCUUGUGCUCCAACGGUUCAAAACGAUGCAAAUGAACUUGCAGAUCCACUACAUCUUCCACCUGCAACGCCGUCCCAUCUACUACAUCACCGUCAUCGUGGCGCCCACAUUUCUGAUCUCGGCCCUCUCCAUACUGGGCAUUUUCAGUCCCGGAUCGAAUGAUGGUCCCAGAAACGAGAAGGUACAUUCGUUUUCGACCUACUUCCGCGCCCAAAAAGUUUGAAAAUCGUUGUCGUGCCGCCCCACCCCACCCCUUUCAUUAUUCCCCCCGCGAAUUGCUGUGAACCAUCAUUUAAAUUGUAGAAUCAAGGUAACGAAAAUGUGAGUUUGACACGAAUUUUUGUCGGCAAUUUCCACGUGCUUUUCUUUUUUUUUUAAUUUUCCCACCCUUGCCACGCUCAUUUCUCUCGGUUUUCGUCAUAAGUUGGCAUGAAACGUUGCAUGCGCCCCUUCCAAUUUAACGCUUUUUAGGCUAGACGUAACUCGAAAGAAAGUAGGCCCUAAACUCGUAGAAUUUGCGCAUUUUUCCUCAAGAGCCUGUCAUUAUUUCCAGGUAUCGUUGGGCCUCGGAAGCCUUCUCGCCAUGACUGUACUUUUGGGCAUCGUGGCUGGAGCGAUGCCGAAAAGCAACGAUAUUCCACUUUUGGGAUACUAUAUACUCGUGGUAAUUGUGCUCUGCGCCGUCGCCGUCGGCAUUUCGAUGGCUUUUCUCGCGGUUAGCCGACAUUAUAUUCAUAAAGGUAUUAUCGAUAGUUCAUCGAACAAAAAAUCGGUUUAUCAUCGCUGAUUUGCAGUAUUUACGGCGACCAAAAACGUAAAAAGGGGCGUGGGGCCUAGCGUGCACGGUUUAUCACCAUUUUUGUGCGAAAUUCGAAAUUUAACCCAAUUUUUCAUGUUUUUUCGUCAAAAAUUACCCAAAUUUUGUACGGGUUUCGACGAUGUAAUUGCAUAACUUUUUAAAUUAAUAAUCGCGCACUUUUUGAGCUUAAAACGAGCAAGUUUCAUUCAGAAAUGAAUCGAUUGAAUCGAUUUUCAAGUUUUGUGCUGAAAAUGCGCGAAUUUCAGUCAUUCGCCGAUACUUUUUGCCGUUUGAACGCUUAAAAUACUUGUAUUAACGUGCUUAAUCACUUCCGACACUCACUUCGUCUCAAAACUAUCCACAUCGGCCGGUAUGAAAAUUCCGAAAUUGCGGCGGCGAUUGGCCGCGGAGAGCCUAUUGCGAAAUAUGCCAAAAACGUCUCAAACGCGGCGUUUUCACGAAAAUUUCAAUGUUUUCUCUCUUUAAUGUGCUCUUAUUUCGUCGAUAUCAAACACAAAAAUAUCGGAAAAGUGCUGGAAUUGCGGCAAUUUUCAGAAAACGCGUCAAUCAAUAAUCAAUAUUUAGAAGCGGUAAAAAAUAAUCAAUAAACGUGUUGACAACUUUUGAGCUCUCCUCAUGAAACUGUAAACUUUCAGAGCAAAUGCCUUCGAAACGCCUCCUCCGAUUCAUGUUCCUGAAUGAGUACCGAAAAAGGAGAUCGACAGUGUUCAGAGGAGUGCACAACUAUCGAUUCAGUCAGGAGUGUGAUGAGUGAGCGCUAUUCGAACAGGUUUCGAAACGGCUAUAACGAUACAAUUCAGUUUGAUGUACUCAAAAGUGCCGGAGAUUCAGUCGAUGUGCAUGAUGAUGGAGGAAAUUGCGGACUCGCAUCGAAGCAUGCGACGCAAAGCCGAUAUGAAGGCGAACAAGAAAUUGGUGAGUUUUUAAUCGAACGGUGUCCACGUGAACAUGAAGUUUGUUUUGCAGAUCGAGCGAGAAUGGUCGCGUGUGUUCGCCCGCUUCGACUACUUUUUCCUCGUCGUCUUCGAAACGCUCAACCUGUCGGCACUGGCGGUUUUCCUGCGAGUCGCCUGGCUCCCAACGCCCGAACUUAGGGAACAGAUACUCUAA